AUGAACAAGACUUCCCGCACAGAUGAGCCCUUCGAAGGGGAGGGCUACAACCAAAACCCGAAUCCUCUUUCAAACGACUUGAUCACCAACGAAGGCCUCAACGGCAUUGUCAACUCAAGAGAGUUGAAGAGGGAGGAGCCGCAGUCUUUGCACGGGAUAACGCAGCAAGCUGACCGCGACAAAACUUCCAGUAUUGCCCCUGAAAUGAGGCGUGGCGACGCCUUUAACUUGCUGGCCAAACGUUGGAUUGGCCAGCUCUCGAGGGGAGGUGAUAAAUCUCCCCUCUCUGAUACAGCCACCAUCACACCUGGUGAUGGAUCAACUGGCUCCUGUGACCAGGGGAACGGUCCCCAAAGUCUGAUCGAGCGCUUCAAGAAUGGAUUGCUCAAGUUCUGCUCAUUCAUUGGACCGGGAUUCAUGGUAUCUGUUGCGUACAGUAUGGAAUCUUUCCACUCUCAGAUUAGAUAUUUCUCAGAGCUAACGUUGUCGUUACUUUCAGUUGACCCUGGAAAUUAUGCAACCGGAAUUGCAGCUGGAGCAUCCUACCGCUUCAGGCUUCUAUUUGUUAUUCUCAUGGCGAAUCUAUUCGCCAUCUUGCUUCAGUCACUUGCAGUUAAACUUGGAACUGUGAGUGGCCUUAACCUGGCAGAGGCAUGUCGAGCCUUUCUCCCACGGUGGCUCAAUAUCCUGUUAUAUGUUCUUGCUGAGGUGGCCAUCAUUGCCACAGAUAUUGCAGAGGUAAUUGGGUUUGCCAUUGGUUUAAAUCUCCUAAUUCCCAAGGUGCCAUUGGUUGCUGGGUGUGCAAUCUCGAUCUUCGACGUCAUGAUUAUCCUCUUCUUUUAUCGUCCGGACGGCUCUAUGAAAGCCCUUCGAGCUUUUGAGGCCGUUAUCAUCUGCUUGGUGUUUGGUGUGGUGAUUUGCUUUUGCAUUCAACUUUCACUCAUCAAAAAUGCUAGCGUGGGACAAGUUUUUCGGGGAUACCUGCCCUCUGGGGAGCUAGUUGAAAGCCAAGCCAUCUACCAAGCUUGUGGAAUUCUAGGAGCAACAGUCAUGCCCCACAGCCUGUACCUGGGGUCAGGGAUAGUUCAGCCGCGUCUGCGAGAGUAUGAUGCAAAAAGCAAACUUUUACCACGCGAACUGAUGUCGGCAUCUUCUUCUAUCACCGAAGGAGUUGAUAAGGAUAAGCUGCAUUACAUCCCAUCCAUCCGCGCUAUUCGGCACUCACUGAAAGUGUCCAUCACAGAACUCACCGUCUCCUUGUUUUCAUUUGCACUCUUUGUCAAUUCAGCCAUUCUUAUCAUUGCAGGUGCAUCCUUAUAUCAAAACAAAGAUGCACUCGAGGCAGACAUUUUCGGGAUUCAUGCUCUCCUUUCCAAGUCUAUUUCCCCUGCGGUGGGUACUAUAUUUGCACUAGCGUUGUUGCUCUCCGGGAUUUCAGCGGGAGUUGUUUGUACAAUUGCGGGACAAAUGGUGAGCGAGGGUGCCCUGAACUGGAAGAUUCGCCCUUGGUUACGGCGCCUGGUAACCCGGAGUAUCAGCAUCAUUCCAAGCAUCAUCAUCGCCGGCGCGGUCGGGCGUCAAGGUCUUAAUGCAACAUUAAAUGCAUCACAGGUCGUCCUGAGCGUGGUCUUACCAUUCGUUGCAGCGCCCCUGAUUUACUUUACUUGUCUCAGCAAGUAUAUGACCGUCCAGCCUGGAGCCAUCAUCGCUGUGCUAGUGUGGCUUUUUAUUACCGUGAUGAAUAUUGCCAACCUUGUCCUCCUUGGGCAGGGAGCUUGA